AACCAAUAAUAAAUAGCCGCCCAACACGAGCUAAACUUACCAAAAAUCAAGCGAUUGCAGGUAAUCGCCACCAUGACCAAAACCCCAACCAGCGUUGCCGCCAAUAAUUUCCUUUCAGAAAAAAUAGCCUCUACCUCAACGGCGGCGACGAUUAGUCUAAAUAAUCCGCCUCCUGAAUCAGUAGGCUACAUAACAGAAUUUUUCUCCGACACGACAAUUCCCGACAAAUCCCUGAGCUACAAUUUUUAUUCUCAUUUCAUUUCCCAUAUCCUAAAACCUGACCUAGUCCAACGUGGCCGUGUUUCCUGCACCGCCACUGUCCUACCCUCCGUUAUCAAUUCUUAUAAUGGACUACACGGUGGAGCUGUGGCCGCCAUAGCUGAGAGAGUGGCGAUUGCUUGUGCUAGAACCGUCGUGGCAGAAGAUAAAGAAAUAUUUCUUGGUGAAUUGAGUAUGUCUUAUCUCUCCGCCGCACAACAAAAUGAAGUUUUGGUGGUUGAUGGAUCUGUGGUGAGGAGUGGAAGAAAUUUGACGGUCGUUGCGAUGGAGUUCAAGAUCAAGGAAACUCAAAAGCCGGUGUAUUUGGCUCGUGCUACCUUCUACCACAUGCCUGUCGCCAAGCUAUGAUUUUCCGGUGGUUGCAGACUGCCGGAAAAUGGAUCCCCGGCGUCGUUGUAUUCAGUUUCAGAUUCAACAAUAUUGUCGAUUUAGCAAAUAAUGAAAAAUUCUUAAUAUA